UCGUACUGGAUCUUGUGUCUGGUAGGUGCCCUCAGAUGUUACAGUACUGCGCUGCAGGCUUUCGCGAAAUGGAUGAGAUCUGUGCUAGAGCGUACUUGAUGUGUCCGCAGUUUGUACCGGAGGGAUUCCGUCGCGACCGCGACUUCGUUCUGUGGCAGCUUGACACGUACAUCGCUGACCCACACGGGAGCCUCAUGAACAUCAAGGGUUACACGUUCUCACGCGAAACCGAGGCGCAGAUUAUCGAGUCUUUUGUAGGCGACGAAGAAGUCCUUGAUACUGCUCGGGAGGCAGCACAGCGCCGCGACGAAGUGGAAGCAGCCGGAGGCCCAUCGCGUAUGUUAUAUCCACCCGACCGCCAGCGUACUGGUAUACUUCGAUACUUUUGCUACCCGCCAGACGAAUAAGAGCCCGACGUCUAAUAUCCUGAGAAGGGUUGAAAGAACGUUAGGCGAAAGCGGUAAUUAAUAUCUCACCGGCGGACGAGGAGCUAAAGCUGUGCCACACAGUAGAGAAUUCCCGUUGCUGCUAUCUUAUCGCAAAAUCAAUCCGGUACGGCCAUAACGAUACAUGAUUGAAUAACAAUGAAGACCAGGAAAUUCAUCGUUUUCUUAUAAAUAUAAUGGAAUCAAUUGCCUUUACGAUUCCGUUUAUGCGAAGGUUACUGUUGGUCUUUUGUACAGAGCCGACUAUGAUCGCAGACAAAAUUAUCUUCAAAACCUCUCCAUCCACUUGUGUCCUUCGCUAUUGAUUUUCCCCUGUGAUGUGCCAAGUCAGGCGCGAGUGAUUGCGCCCAGCAUUCUUAUUUCUCUUUUCUCAUCAUCCAGUAGC